AUGGGCAUGUCCCCGUACGCCUUGGUCUUCGGAAAAGCUUGUCAUCUACCGCUUGAGUUACAACACAAGGCAAUGUGGGCAUGCAAGAAGCUGAAGUUCGAUUUAGCUAGUGCGGGGAAAAUCCGAAAGUUACAAUUGAAUCAGUUGAUCGAGUGGCGAAGGGAUGCCUAUGAGAAUGCCAAGAUAUAUAAAGAGAAAACAGAGAAAUGGCAUGAUGAAUGGAUCGACGACCGGACAUUCAUCGAAGGUCAGCAGGUACUGCUAUUCAACAUACGUCUGCGACUGUUCCUUGGGAAGCUGAAGUCUCGUUGGUCUGGGCCAUUCUGA